GAUAUUUAAAAAACUUCUAGAUCGGGUAUCGGUGGCAAUGAACCCGAUCCAUACCAAUGCUAAGGUCCGCGAGAGACGUGACGUCAUGCGCCAGCGACACGCWGUGCAGUGGCACGUGCAGUUUUCAAAAUGGAGCGAACGAAAGGAUCAGCCAUCUGGAGCUUUUUUACUUUACCUCACCCAACACAUCCGACGGYUACGUGCAAUACAUGCGCAGUGAUUGUUCCAAGGGGCGGAAGUAAAGCUUCAAGCUACAACACAACCAACUUAAUCAAGCAUCUCCAGCGAUUUCACCCGAAAGAGCACGCGGAGUUUGUUGAACGGAGUCAACAAAAAGGAGACGGCAUGAAGCAACUGACUUUGAAGGAGAUGAAGGAAAGAGGUGAAAAGUUUCCACCUAAUAGUGUGCAGGCAACAAAAAUCACAGAGCGGAUACUAAACUUUAUUGUCAUGGAUGGACAGCCGCUCUCAGUUGUUGGAGAUAAAGGAUUCCGGCUGCUAAUUAACCAGCUAGAGCCGCGCUACGAGAUGGUGAGCAGAAAAUAUUUGUCAGAAACGGCUCUACCUGAACUGCAUGGUAAAGUGUGCAAACGCAUAUUAGAGGAGAUAAAAGAUGUUAAAGCCAUGAGUUUCACGACAGACAUCUGGAGCUCUGAUGUCUCCCYCGUGUCACUUUUAAGUUUAACAGCACACUGGCUGGAUGAGAGUUUUGUGCCAUACAGCGCAAUGUUGAACGCAACAAACUUUCGUGGGUCACACACCAGCGAAGCGAUAGCAGCYAGCCUGAAGGAAAUGUUUGACAAGUGGCAAAUUCCGUUGAGCAAAAUUCACGUGAUUGUGAGGGACAACGCCAGCAACAUGAGAAAGGAGAUGGACAACAUGGGGGUGCGUAGUGUCGGCUGUGUUGCCCAUACAAUGCAGCUAGUAGUCAACGAGGGUCUUCUAUCUCAGCGUGCAGUGAGUGACGCGGUUGCAUGUGCGAGGCAGGUUGUCGGACACUUUAAACAUUCUCCUCUAGCAUACUCACGACUGCAAGAUAUCCAGCUGGAGAUGAACAUGCAACCGAAACGCCUGCAGCAGGAUGUUAAAACGAGGUGGAAUAGUACAUAUUACAUGGUACAGAGCCUGACUGAACAGAAACGAGCACUGUCUGCUUAUUCUGCUGACCAUGAGCUGCCCUCAGUACCCACAGCAAACCAGUGGGGCUUGUUUGAGAAAAUAAUGACCUGUCUUGAACCGUUCGAGGAGUUUACAAGGAAGGUGAGCACAGCCACAGCCUCCACUGCUGAUGUCAUCCCAAGUGUCACCGUUAUCAAACGCCUCCUGUCUAUGGAAACUGAGGCUGACGCUGGAGUUAAAACCAAGAAAAAGACGCUCCUAGCAGCUGUGGAGAAGCGCUUCAGCACCGUGGAAGAGGAUCCUCUGUUUGCACUUUCUACACUGCUGGACCCACGAUACAAGGACAGGUGAGACAUACUUCAAAACAGGUUUUGGUCAAUAAAUUAAUAUUUUAGUGAAACAUUUUAAUGUUUUUGUAAGAUUUUUUUAUUUUGUACACACUGUUUAAUUAAAUUUCAUUCAUAAUAACAACAAAGUCAAUUAAWAAAUGAAGUAAAAGUGAAUUAAAAACGUGUAGAAACACUAAAAGAAAUUGUAUAUCUGCCCCUUUAGAUGCACUUAUUCUUGAAAUUUWAAAGAUAAGUGCACAUCUGACUUUUUUGUUUCAAUAUUAAUUUGUUGAGUCUAAAACUGAACCCUAUGUAUUUUAUCUUUUCAGAUUUUUCACCAGUGCAGACUCUGCCAAACAGGGGAAAGAUGCACUAGAUAAGGAGCUGGAGGAAGACUUGAGAUUUGCCUGAUCAUGUUACUGACACUGAGUGGUAUGUGUGGGGAAAAAUCUAAAUUUGUCUAGUUUUUCAGGACAGUUUUUCAUUUAUUUUUGUUUUUUUUUACCAAGCUAGCUAGUGAAGCUAUAAUUUUAUUAGGCUGCUAUUUUUCAGUUUGCACAAUUGCAAUUAACCAAAGAAAGAAAGGACUGAUUUGUUUAUUUUGAAUAUGGCAACCAAGUUAUUGAAACUAAUGUUUUAUUAGGCUGCUAUUUUUGUUUGCAUAAAUGCAGUAAACCAAAGAAAGGACUGAUUUCUAUUUUAUUUUGAAUAUAUGGAACCAAGUUAUUGAACUUAAGUUUUAUUUUCCUAAAUAUCAGCUUCUUUAUUAUAUUUUGAAUUCCUAAUUGCACUCACUGAAUAAGUUAAACUUAAGUUGUUGUUUUUUUUUUUAAUGUGUUCGACUAAGCUUGUGAACAGUUGSUUUAUUUAAGAUUGCUGUACUGGUGCUGGUGCAUAGUUAUAAAAUAAAUGUGCAAUUCAG